AGAUUUAAUGUAACUGUAAUACAACAGUAUACCAUUUUUGGGUCGAUUUGAAUCGUAGAUAACAACUAUUUUUGCCAAACCUCUAUUUAAACCGAAAACCAAAUACAAUCAACCCGUUUAAGAAUAUAAACCGGCUUCUAUAAGAAAAUAACCGGAUCCUCUUUCUCGUGAUUGGUGGUUGUACUGAACCAAAGCGCGUGCUCUUCACUCUCACACUCUCACUCUCUCUUCGUCUUCCAUUAAAUCUCACCGCCUCUUUCACUCUCACUCUCUCAAGCUCAAGAGUUCUCAAUCUCCUUCAACAAUGGCGGAACAAUCUCAAUUCAAUAAUCUCACCCUCACCAUCAUCAUCCUCUGCUUCUCCUUCCAAUCACUAUCCUCCGCCGCUGAAUCUCACCUCACCGUCGAUUUCUACUCCAAAUCUUGCCCUAAUUUCCUCGACAUUAUCCGCGAAACCAUCACCAACAAACAGAUCUCAACUCCAACAACCGCCGCCGCAGCUCUCCGCCUCUUCUUCCACGACUGCUUCCCUAACGGCUGCGACGCCUCCGUCCUCGUUUCCUCAACCGCUUUCAACACCGCAGAACGCGAUUCAUCAAUCAAUCUCUCUCUCCCCGGCGACGGAUUCGACGUCGUAAUCCGAGCUAAAACAGCUCUAGAACUCGCUUGUCCCAACACAGUCUCUUGCUCCGAUAUCAUCGCCGCCGCGGUACGAGAUCUCCUCGUAACCGUCGGUGGUCCUUACUACGAAAUCUCCCUCGGCCGUCGCGAUUCUCGUGUCUCGAAAUCGUCUCUCGUCUCCGAUCUCCUCCCACUUCCAUCGAUGCAGAUCUCGAAGCUCAUCGAUCAAUUCAGCUCCAGAGGCUUCUCCGUUCAAGAAAUGGUUGCUUUGAGCGGUGCUCACACCAUCGGAUUCUCACAUUGCAAAGAGUUCACUAACCGGGUCAACCCGAAUAAUAGUACCGGGUAUAACCCGAGAUUCGCGGUAGCUUUAAAGAAAGCUUGUUUGAAUUACAGAAAUGACCCUACGAUCUCUGUCUUCAACGACGUGAUGACUCCAAACAAAUUCGAUAAUAUGUAUUUCCAGAAUAUUCCGAAAGGUCUCGGGUUACUUGAAUCGGAUCACGGGUUAUUCUCCGACCCGAGAACCCGUCCGUUUGUUGAGUUAUACGCGAGAGACCAAGCUCGAUUCUUUAAAGACUUCGCCGGAGCUAUGCAGAAGUUGAGUCUUCACGGUGUUUUGACCGGACGGCGAGGAGAGAUCCGACGAAGGUGUGAUGCGAUCAACUAAAAAGAUUCUUCUUGAUUGGUUUUACGAUUUGUGAGAUUUCUAUUUAUUUUUAUUUUGUUUUGACAAUCAAUUUUUAUUUUUGUUUAUUUAUUUAAUUGUUGGUGCGUUUAGAGCAAAAGUAUGUGUUCCCGUGUUUAUACGACGACUAGGAUAUGACCCGCGGUAUACCGCGGGUUAAUUAUUUGA